AUGUCAUCGUCCUCAUCAUCAAGCGUAGCCAUUUCGUCGACAACGCGACUGCUCAAAAGAAAUACAACUAUUAUCGUAACGGGUGUUGGAUUGGGAAUCGUCUUCAUCGGAUACUUGAUCAAACGGUAUUGGUCAAAACACGACGACAGCGAACAGGACGAUGCAGAUGAACAGUUGCUUACACGACCUUACGAUGCAGCUCUAGUCACAUCUGAAUUAUUAGAUAUAUCGGAUCUGAAUGAAUGUUUCCAGCCGUUUUUAGAGCCAUAUCUUUCGAACAUAUUUCCAAUUUAUCAGUCUCAGAAAUUGGAUGAAACUUGGUUUGAUCUCUUCAUCUGUAAUGAUGGUUUGUAA